GUUUGUUCCUCUCUAGACAACAUUCGUUUGCUCUUGUUGUGUAACUUUAACGCAAAUAAAUUUACAGAUGUCAGCACCAGCGGCUCGUGGCUCAACGUCGCUCCUGAAACGUGCGUGGAACGAAAUCCCAGACAUUGUCGGCGGAUCUGCGCUGGCCAUUGCUGGCAUAGUUAUGGCUGGUAUCGGACUAGCCAAUUACUACGCCAAGGACGGCGAUAACCGCCGCUACAAAAUGGGAUAUGUAGUCUUCCGUCACGACGAUCCGCGCGCCGAGAAAGUGCAUGCUGAUGAAGACGAGUAAAAUGAAACUGCCGUCGGAGGAAAAGCUUUAGGAAAUUAUCAAACACAACAGAUUCAUUUUUUUUGUUUUAAAGCUAAGUAAAACGAAACAUUUAAAACUA